AUGUCUCCAUUUGGCCAAAUUCUCACCAAAGACGAGACGACUCCUCUGGGCAUUCACGGCAGAAGGUCUGCCUCAAUCCAUGGAUGGAUCUUUGAGGUUAGUCAUGCGAUACAGAACAGACCUCUGUCUCCAUUGGAUACUUCUGACGAGCCGAAAUCCCCAAGCUCAUUGACAGUUGAAAUCCAGUUCGAAGACCUGAUGGCAGAGUACGCAGAAGUACUAGAGAGGAAGGAGAAGCUCGAAGACAAGAUCGCAGAUCUUUAUUACGCUCAGCAGAAAAACGAGCUCCCCUCGACUUCCAGUGACUAUAAGGAGUUCUCACCUCCUGAUCAAGUCCAAGAGAGGGUGAAAGACCGUAAAUCUAGGAAGCCCAAGACUGAAGAGGAAAAGAACCGUCAUAUCAACAAGGUGUUCAUACGAAAUUGCCUUUGA